AUGGAGCCAUCGAAAUCCUUAAUUCAAUCUCUAGUAAGUGAAAUCAAGAAGGAGAUUUUGUCAAAUGAUAAUCUUCCUGCAUUUGUUUCGUCAUCUGCCUAUGACACAGCUUGGUUAGCAAUGAUUCCUGCCGAUCCCAGAGAAAAUAACUUUCCCAUGUUCAAGAAUUGCUUGAACUGGAUACUCGGAAACCAGAAAGAAGAGGGAUUUUGGGGCGAAACAGACGAAGAGGGUUUACCAACCAUCGAAACUCUACCUGCAACUCUUGCUUGCAUGGCAGCCCUCAAAACUUGGAAUGUAGGCCAAGAAAAAAUUGAGAAAGGAUUGGCAUUUGUUCAUGACAAGGUAGAGAUACUUCUGAAAAUAAAUUAUCAGAAUCUUCCUCGGUCGUUUCUCAUUGUUUUCCCGGCAAUGAUUGCACUCGCUCAGGAAGCCGGCCUAGAGCUCGUUUUACUUCAGGGAUCAAAAGGAGUGAUAGCCGACGUUUUAUUCAACCAGCAACAAAUUCUUCAAACGGAAGAGCUUGUGGAUGAGUCACGGUAUUGUGAUCUUCCUCUGUUGGCAUACCUAGAAAGCUUGCCGCCAACAUAUAUUGUCCAUCAAGAGGAAAUUAUUAAGCAUUUGAGCAAUGACGGUUCCUUAUUUCAGUCACCCUCUGCUACUGCUUAUGCGUUUAUGGCCACGGGAAACAUCGAAUGUAGAAGAUAUCUGGAGUCUCUAGUGCAUAAUUGUCCUAACGGAGGAGUACCAGCAAAGUAUCCCAUGGACGAAGAACUAGUAAAACUUUGCAUGGUUGAUCAUGUGCAAAGGCUGGGUUUGGCUGAGCAUUUCAAUGAAGAGAUCGAGGAAAUACUUGCUCAAAUCUACAGGGAUCAUAAACAAUGCAAGUCAAAGCCAGGACAGACAAACAUUUUAUCACCCAUAAAAUUAUACAAGGACUCCUUGGCUUUUCGGCUCUUCCGUAUGAAAGGUUAUGCUGUAAAUCCAGGGAACUUCUGUUGGUUUCUAAAUCAUGCAGAAAUCCUGAAUCAUAUGGAAGAAAACUGUGAAAAAUUCAUUACAGUGAUGCACAGCGUAUACACAGCCUCAGACUUGUUAUUUCCAGGAGAGUAUGAAUUAGAGGACGCAAGAGCAUUUGCCAGAAGAAUGCUAGAAGGAUCAGUUAAAAGAAAUAGGGAUCAUAACUUUGUACUUUCCAAGGGAUUUCUGAAUGUGAAUAUAGAGGUGGCAAGAUUUCAUAGGCUGGUGAAACGAAACAAAAUUCCACUUGCCUAUGAAAUGUUGCCACAUCUGAAUUCUAUCGUUCAGGUCAAGCAUGAAUUGGAGCUUCCAUGGAUUGCUAGACUGGAUCAUCUUGACCACAGGAAGUGGAUUGAAGAAAAUAGAACAACCCCCUUGUGGGUUGGGAAGGCCUCAUUUUACAGGUCCUCGUGUUUCUUGCAUCCGGGCUUAACAAAUGAAAGCCUCAAACCUGCAGAAUAUGAGAACAUCACAAAAUUGCUUAUGGCUAGAUCCCGAUUACUAAAUGAUGUUCAAAGCUAUGAGAAGGAAAAAGCAGAUGGGAAAAUGAAUCUUGUAUUGCUCCACUUGAACGAAAAUCCCCAGGCUUGUAUAGAUGAAUCAAUCGCUCAUGUGGAAGAGAUUGUGGAAGUGAAAAGGAAAGAAUUCCUCAAGCAUGUUCUGAUGGAUGGAUUUGAUGAUUUGCCAAAAUCAUGCAAGAAUCUUCAUCUCUCUUGUAUGAAAGUAUUCCAGAUGUUUUUCAACUCUGCCAACUUACUUGAUAGUGAAACCGCGCUUGUUGAUGAUGACAUUAAGAAAGCAAUUUACCUUCCCAUUGAUCAUCUGUCCAGACCUUUCGUGAAGCCGCUGCCAUUAGUUCCUAAGAAGACGAAGAAGGAUGAAGUAACCAAGACCACAUUUAAUUUCCAUCGAGCCUUAAGAAAUCGGGCAAGUAUAAAUAUGAUUAAAAGCCCAUCUUUCGGGACUAUCGCUAUUCCAAAAGCUGGACAAGUUAAUAUCCCAAUGAGAUCUAAUUUCUGCUUCAUCUGAUCAGAACCCUGCAGUUUGUUGUUGUAAUAAACAGUUCUUGAUUGGUCAGAAUGUGAUAAAUAGUUCGUUGCAUGUUCCGGAAGAUCUGUUAGGAUUGAAUGAUAUUUGAUGUAAUUA